AUGGACUUUCCCACCGAGGCCGGCACUUCACUCACCCGCGUCGACGCCAACGACGCCUCCACGACGCCGGAGCUGCUUCUCUCCAUCCUCGAGCGCGACGGCGCCGUCAUCGUGCGUAACCUGGCAUCCCAGGACCUCUGCCAGCGCAUGCGGGCGGACCUCAAGCCCAGCUUCGACAGCGACAGGGUCGACGACUCAGGCUUCUUCCCCACGACGACGAAGCGUGCCCACGGCGUGCUCCGCUACUCGGACGCGACCGCCGAGCACGUCGUCAACCCCCUCUUCAUCGACACGGCCAACGCGCUGCUCAGCUCGCACUACACGUACUGGGAGGGCCAGAAGCAGCUCUCGGUAGUGGGCAAGCCGCAGAUCGCAAGCAUCGUGGGCUUCCGCGUCGAGCCCGGCGGCAAGCAGCAGGCGCUGCACCGCGACGACGCCGACUACCACACGCGCAACUGCGACUUUCCCGUCAUGCUGGGCUGCGUCACGGCCCUGACCAAGACGACCAAGGAGAACGGCGCGACCAUUGUCAUCCCCAAGAGCCACAAGUGGGGUCCGGACCGGUGCCCCUACGACCACGAGGCGAUCCCGGCGGAGCUCGACGUCGGCGACGCCGCCAUUUUCGUGGGCAACGUCUACCACGCAGGGGGCGCCAACGUCACCAAAGACGAGGCGCGCGAGACGGUGGGCGUGUUCCUGUGCAAGGGCACGCUCCGCCAAGAGGAGAACUCGUACCUCGAGAUACCGCCCGAGGUGGCCAAGCAGCGCGGCUUCUCGCCCCAGCUGCUGCGGCUGCUGGGCUACGGCAUCUGCCCGCCUGCGCUGGGGUUGUACAAGUACCAGGACCCGAUGAAGGUCAUCUUUGGGGUCAACGACAGCGAGACGGUGCAGAAAUAG